AGUAAACGAAAACUUGGUCAACAAGCCUGCAGUGAUCUGGGACAGUUGGUUCGUGUCGCGAAUUGUCCUCCAUAGAGACACUCACUCACCCAGGACGAGAUCGGCAACCGAACCUUCGCUGUACUAUUGAGCUCGAGCUAGAGCAGGUGCGUCAUAUGCCGGAGGUUCCGUUGGGUUUGGACUGGAUCACACUUGAAAAGAGAGGCGGCACAAGGAGUUGGUCUCCACGCGGCCGCCUCGUUCGCGAGCCUUAACAAAAGAGACCCGCGCGUUCCCGAGGCCUUUAGAGACACUUUGCGGCCGCCGAGAUGCCGCUCCUCCACAGGAGAGCUUUCAUCCGUCAGGAGCCUCCGGCCGACCUGAGCCCCGACGAGGAGGUCUUCCUCUGCCGUAUCACGCACGAAGUCUUCCGCAGCUACGAUGAGUUCUUUGAGAGGACCAUCCUGUGUAACAGUCUGGUGUGGAGCUGCGCUCUGACAGGGCGAGCGGGUCUAACCUACUUGGAGGCUGUGGAGAGCGAGCGUCGGGCCAAGCAGAGCCUCCAGAAGUUUCCGUCCGUGUUGGUGGCGCCGCUGUUGCACCUGGCGGCGCUGGGCCGUCGCGGCCGACUGAGCGAGCUCUGCGAGGACGUCCACGCUUUCGUCAAAGAGCGCUUCUUUGCCGGAGAGAGGGUUGAUGUCAGCGGACACAACGGAGCCAGACGUGUGUGUGAGAUCCUUCGGGUCUUGCCGCCACAUUCCAGCAUUAAUGGCCCGUCCACCACCAACGGUCACAGCGCGUCCGCUGACGGCGACACCAUCGUCAUCAGUGACAGUGAUGAAGAGGGCAACGCCUUCCAGAGUCCCACAGCACAAGUCAACAGGUCAUCAGGUGAAGGGUCACGGAAGACGCCUCUCAGUCCUUCGGUGUUUAAAUAUGAGGUCAGGACAACGACGGAUGGACAUGCCAAGCCUUUCAUCGUCAGAGCCAAUCAGAUCAGUCGCAGGAAGAACGUGGUGUCCCGAGAGAGACUGAAGCUGCUCUUCAAGCAGCACUGCGAACCCGCCAAUGGAACCAUCAGGCUAAAGGCAUCCAGCGUGAGCAAGUACCGGCUGUCCGAACAGAACUUUUCCCAGUUCUUCCCAGAUGAGCCCCCACAAUUCCCUUUCAGUACCGGUGUCAAAGCGGAGGGGCGGGUUUCACCUGGACAGGCCAGCACUUCGCUGCUGAAGGUGGACAAGGAGAAACUGAAGGAGGAGCAGAGGAAGAGGUUUGAGGAGGAAAAGCAGAGGAGAAGAGAGGAGAAGGAGCGCAGGAAGCAGGAGAAAGAUCUGGAACGAGAGAAGUUAAAGGAGGAGAAGAAGAAGUAUGCAGAGCGAUUGAGGCUGUGGAACAAACCUAGAGAGGACAUGGAGUGUGAUGACCUUAAGGAGCUACCCACUCCAGUUCCUGUAAGGACCCGUCUACCGGCACAGCUGUUUGGAGAAGCGUUGAUGGUUCUGGAGUUCCUGCGGGCCUUUGGGGAUGACUUUGGCCUGAAAGAUGAAUUUCCAGAUGGAGUCUCUCUCGAGGUUCUGGAGGAGGCCCUGGUGGGUUCUGAUCCAGAAGGUCCUCUCUGCGAGCUGCUCUUCUUCUUCAUCACGGCCAUCUUCCAGGCUCUGGACGAAGAGCGAGAGGAGGCAACCAAAGAUGAAGACCUGUCACAAGCUCCUGAUGAUGACUCUGACCGUUCUGACUUGGCUGUGAGCGCUGCGUCAUCGUCGGCUGCCGCGUGGCCUCCACUUCAUCUGGGCUGUAGUCUACAGGAAGUGGACCUAGACAGCUGCACGCUGUCUGAAAUUUUACGUCUGCACAUCCUGGCAUCUGGUGCCGACUGUAACCAUGGCAACGCCAAGUUCCGCUACCAGAAACAAGGUGGCUUCACAUUGACAGACGACCCAUGUGUGGAGCUGUGUUUGGCCCAGCCAGCGCUGAUGAGGAGGCUGGCGUGCAUGGCCGUCUACGAUCUCAUGCCAGGUGAGAAGCUGGCUAUUUUGCAGGCGUUGGUGGGCAAGCUGCUAUCUCUGGCGUCUAGCAGAGACCUAAUGGAGAACUGUGUGGAGGAGCAGCGUGCCGCCAGGCAGGAAUUGCGAGAGGUCCGGGCUGAGCAGCACCGGCGAGAGAGGGAGGAGGCUGCACACAGGGUGCGUCUUCGUAAAGAGGAGCGUCUGCGGGAGCAGGAGCAGCGUCUGAAGCUUAAGGAGCAGGAAGUGAAGGAUGAGACCAAAGCUGAGGGCAGAGGAUCACUGACGACUUCUGACCCCAAAGCCCUGCCAUGCCCUCCCGCCAGCCUGACGGCAGAGGAGCACGAAGAGGAGCAGCAGAAGGUAAGAGAGCUACAAGAGCGUAUCCAAAAGGCGGCGGCGUGCACAAGUUUGCUGCCGCUGGGCAGAGACCGUCUGUACCGCCGAUACUGGCUCCUUCCCUCAGCCUCAGCGCUCUUUGUGGAGGAGGACAGUUUUGGCCUGACAGAGGACAUGCUGCAGCCCCGCCCAAAACAGACCCAAGACCCCACCACCAAGAUGGAGGACGGCGAGCACGGCCUGGAGGAGCCCGCAGAGGGAAGUGUUGGCUCAAGCCCCGCACCCCUGUCUUGCUGCGGCCCUCCAGUCAGCCGUCCAAACCAGUGGUUCUUCUACAGCUCGGUGGAGGAGUUGGACCAACUGAUAGAUGCACUAAACCCGCGAGGACAUCGCGAGAGUGGCCUAAAGGAGGCGCUGUUGCAGGAGCGAGAACGUCUGCAGGAGCUGCUGCAGAUGUGCGAGCGCAGCAAGUACACGUAUGCAGAUGAUCCAGAGUCCUCGCGAUCUGUACCAGAAUGCACUGCCGCAGCCGAGAUCCUCAUGGAGGCGAGACUGCGAGACCUGCUCCUAGACGUGGAGGACCGCAUCCACCAGGGAAGUCUGGGGACUCUUAAGAUAAUGGACAGACAUGUGUGGCGUUCAGCGUUGGAGGCGGGAAAAUAUGAGUUGCUCUGUACUGAUGAAGAGACAGACACACAGGUCGAGGACAUGGAGGUGGACUCCACGCCCCUGAAGGCUCGAGACAGGCUGUUGGUGGACAACGUGACGGAGGGCGGCCUGGUCCAUAGCCUGGCUCGGGCGCUGGCCCACGUGGAGCACGGCAUUGAGAGGCGCUUCCUCAAAGCUCCGCUAGGCGAGGAAGACUCCAAGAAAGACCAGAAGACAAAGAAGAGCAAGAAGAAAGACGAGGACCAGGCCAGUGAUGACGGCAGUGACAGUAGUCGCAUGGUGAAGACUGUGUUGGAACGAUGGAGGGAAUCUCUGCUGUCCUCUUCCAGUUUGUCUCAGGUGUUUGUGCAUUUGUCCAGCCUAGAGAGAAGCGUCCUGUGGUCACGCUCCGUCCUAAAUGCUCGCUGCCGAGUUUGCCGACGCAAAGGAGACGCAGACAACAUGCUGUUGUGCGAUGCCUGUGGCAGGGGACACCACACUCACUGUCUCAGGCCCCGCCUCAAGGCCGUUCCAGGGGGAGACUGGUUCUGUCCAGACUGUCAGCCCAAAAUGAAAUCUGGCUCCCUUCCUUCUCAUCAGCAUUCUUCUCUCGAUGAGGAAGACGAUAAAGAGGAAGAAGAGUCUGAGGAGGAGUCUGAAGAAGAGGAAGAGGAGUCAGAUGAGGAGGAAGUUGUGAGCACCAGGAAGAGUCAGGCCACACCCCCCAAAGGCAGGAGCCACCAGGCCACACCCAAGAACAGGAAAAAGUCGUCAUCCUCCAAGCCAUCGGUCAAAAAGGCAAUGCAACUUCCAUCCAAAACGAGCAUGGUGACAUCCGGCGUCAAAGCCCUGCCCCGCCCUGCCAGCAAGAACACUGAGAGCAGCAAUAGAACCUCAGCGGGUCGGAAUGAGAGCAGUAAAAAAACGACCGCAGACACAGUGCCACGUGCCCAACCCAAUAAGCCCGUCCUCCCUUCCGCCGCCUCCUCCUCCUCGUCCAGACGCCGCUCUUCCGGUAGGAACCAUGGUGUCCACGAGCUGUCAGCAUGCGAGUUGCUGAUCGUGGAGCUUGUCCGCCACGAGGACAGUUGGCCCUUCAUGAAGCUGGUGUCCCGCACACAGGUGCCAGACUACUAUGACAUCAUCAGCAAGCCCAUGGCACUGAGCACGAUCAGAGAGAAGGUCAACAACUGCCAGUACCUCAGCGCAGGCGAGUUCAUGGCGGACGUGGACUUGAUGUUCGCCAACUGUCUGCAGUACAACGCUCGUCACACUAACGAGGCCAAGGCUGGAAUUCGCCUCCAGCAGUUCUUCUACUCAGAGCUCAACAGACUUGGCCUCUCGGAGCGUGGCACAGCCCCGCCCACCAAGCGAUCUCGGCACUGAGGUCGCACGCACCACACCCUUUGACCCCACGCCGUCCUCAGAGUACGAGGUGACUUGUUGACCCCCCAGAUGGCUACAAAUUGUGACCUUUGACCCUAAUAUUUAAAAGGUUCAGCGGGCAUAAAGUUUGAGGUAAAUAGGAUGACCUGACCACACUACUGACUUGAACUCUGACCUGCUGCAGUAGUGACUUCCCGUGGUGUUAAGUUCUCAGGGACACCUUUUGCAUUCAAAGAAAAAUAGUGUUCUUGCUGCCUACCAAAAUAAAACAUUCCCCUUGUUUAGCAUUCUGUAAUUAGUCACUUUGUUUCAUGAUGUGGCCACACGCCCUGGGGCCAUUAACCAGCAGCAUUCCUACAAAAUAAGUUAUUAGUUUCCUAGCAUAGCAUUGCUUAGCUUAGCAUGAAGCUGAAGUCUCAGCAUAUUGCUCACUUUAAUGUCAAGAAAGGUGUUCUUGCUGAUGUAUACCUGCGUGUUGAGAAUGCAGGUUGUUGUUGAAUGUCCCCUGACCCUAUUUAUUUAUGACUGUUAGAUAUUCAACCCUCGUCUUAUAUUUGAAAAUAAAA